AUGGCGACAAAGGGAGUGUGGCAGCUCAAGCAGGUGACGAUCCGUUACUGUCAACACAGUGGUAGUAGUCGCUAUGUGCGGCAGCUUCUGGGUGAUCAUCGUUUUCUCAAGUUUGUAGAGGAGAAUCCGCAGGUGCAUUUCGAGACUGAGCUCAAGGGUGCACGUCACCCUAUCCUCAUUGGAGAUUAUGUGAAAAAUGAACGCAAAGUGUCGGAUAUUAAGAACCAAGACAUUGCCUUCAUUAUGAAACAGCUAACGCGCCUUCGUGACUCCAGUGGCCGCAAAAUGACGCACAUUAAGAAACCUGUCUAUUCGAAGCGUCUGACUAUUCAGGGAAUUUGGCAGCCAGACCUUGACUUUCCGGAGUUCAAGAUUAGUGACCGCACGUAG